CGAACAUGAGCUAACCCAAACACACCAGACACCAGUUAACCAAGAGAAUUUCGUGCACGCGGGCAGAGGCAGCCUCUACCUGCCGGAGUUAUGGAGUUGCGGACACCGAGCGGCCGGUCCGUGGUGUCCAGCAUGAAGGUGGCUUUCGUGUUGCUGAUCAUUUCGCUCAGUUCUAUCAACUCGCUAUCGACGCGCGUGUCCGACAAGGACAGCCUUCCACACCACGAGCGCUGCGAGCAGAUCACCAUCCCGUUCUGCACGAGCAUGCCGUACAACAAGACCAUCAUGCCCAACCUGCUGAACCACCAGAAGCAGGAGGACGCCGGGCUGGAGGUGCACGUCUACUUCCCGUUGAUAAAGGUCAACUGCAGCCCCGACAUGCAGCUUUUCCUCUGCAGCGUCUACGCUCCUGUGUGUACCCUCCUGGAGCGGCCCAUCCCCCCGUGCAGGUCGCUUUGCCAGUCGGCCAAGGAUGGCUGCGAGGCCCUGAUGAACCGCUUCGGCUUCCCCUGGCCCGAGGGGCUCGACUGCGAAAAGUUUCCCGUCACGAUGAGUGGUGACGAGAAGGACAUCUGCUUUGGAGAAAACAAGACCAGCUCGUCGGCGCCAACCUCAGGCAGCUCACCUGACGGCGGUUGGAACUUCCCCAUGAACCCAUACGAAAGCAAUAAGCAUCUUUCAGGUGGUGCUAAAACUUCAUCAGGGGAUAUAUAUUCGAACCCUGCAGGGAACAUCCCUAGGAUGCUAGAGCCAGGACAACGAUUCAGGUUCGGGUUCACCUGCCCGCGACAAUUCGCGGUGCCGAAAGGCCUGGACUACACCUUCAGUGUGGGCAACGUCAGGGAAAAGAACUGCGGCGCUCCAUGCGACGAGAUGUUCUUCACGACCCAGCAGAAGCAAUUCGCGCGCAUCUGGAUCGGCGUGUGGUCGACCCUGUGCCUGUUCUCGUGCCUCUUCACCGUGCUGACCUUCCUGUUUGACACGAACCGCUUCCGCUACCCUGAGCGACCCAUCAUCUUCCUCUCGGGCUGCUACCUGGCCGUGUCGGCCGCCUACGUAGCCGGUUUCCUCAUGGGUGACCAGAUCGCGUGCCGCGAUCCCUUCCCGCCGCCUGCCAACAUGCCCAACAUCAAGAUGGUGUCCACCGUGACGCAGGGCACCAAGCACGAGGCCUGCACCAUCGUCUUCAUGGUGCUCUACUUCUUCAGCAUGGCCUCCUCCAUCUGGUGGGUCGUGCUCACGCUCACCUGGUACCUCGCCGCCGGACUCAAGUGGGGCCACGAGGCCAUCGAGGGCAGCUCGCAGUUCUUCCACCUGGCCGCCUGGGCGGUGCCUACGGUCCAGACCAUCACCGUCCUGGCCAUGGGAAAAGUUGAAGGUGACGUGCCGAGUGGCGUGUGCACCGUGAGCUCGUGGGACUCGACGGCGAUGUUGAGCUUUGUGCUGGUUCCUCUGUCGAUUUAUUUGGUCAUCGGCACCAGCUUCCUGCUGUCCGGCUUCGUGUCGCUGUUCCGCAUCCGCACGGUGAUGAAGCACGACGGCACCAGGACGGACAAACUGGAGAAGCUGAUGAUGAGGAUCGGCGUGUUCUCGGUGCUGUACCUGGGGCCGGCGGCGUCGGUGCUGGCCUGCCAGUUCUACGAGUGGUACUACCACGACAUGUGGAUGGUCACGUGGAACUGGGAGAAGUGCAAGUCGCGCAAUCCUUACGCCAUCCCGUGCCCGCAGCUGCUGGCCAACGGCAAGCAGCCCGAACCGGUCAGGCCCACCUUCGAGGUCUUCAUCCUCAAGUACGUGAUGGCGCUGAUCGUCGGCAUCACCUCCAGCAUCUGGGUGUGGUCCAACAAAACACUAAUCACGUGGAAGAACUUCUUCCGCAGGUUCAGGUCGCACAAGGCCGAGGCCUAUGUGUGAAUCUCCCCUGGAACCACUUCAGUGCCAACCCUUUGAAGUAAGAGAGGCAGUCCGGAAAAGCGUCAACUUUUCUCCCGUCGCCGCGCCGCCAACACGAGGCAAAGCGAAAUCAGGUCCGCGGGUGAGACAUGUUUGUUUGAAUAAAUGAAGACGCGUGGUUGGCAACUUGUCACAGGUUUGCAGCCAGAAUUCAGUGUUAUGAGACACGCUGCGUUAGAAAUAAUUUUGACAGCUCUAAACUCGAUUUAUUUAGAAACAAUAUUUUUUAAUUGUUUCUCAUGACAAGAAUUUUCAAUGUAAUAGAGGGAAAAACAAUCGCAUUCUCGUAUAGAUGAGUGUACUACAAUUUACCUUUGCGCAGUAUUUGAAUUGUUUAGUUCAAAUAUUCUUUGUAUAUUUUGGUGCAUUCCCAAUAAACGAAUAUUUUACGGGAAAAUUAAAAAAGGAAAUUCCUUUACAAAAUUAAAUAAGAAGGAGAUUUACAUACGCAGCAUAAUUUUGAAUCAACAGAGGCUAAAAUGAUUCUGUAGAUGCCUUAAAAUCGUUUAAAUCAAACUUUUAAGGUUUUCAUCUCACACAAUUUACAAAAUUAAUAAAAAGUACAUGAUUGUCAAUUUUACAUUUGUCCUCGUGACCUCCAUGAUUUCGGCUGUAAUUUUUAGAUAGUGAGAAAAAAUUACUUUUAAUUGUUUCCUUUGGUUUUCUUGUUAGUAACGUAUGCUACAAAAAAAUUAUUGAUGGUCUGUAUCAUGUGGUUAAAAUUUUUGUUAACUGUGAAAACCUGUGCAACUUGCUAACCUUAAUACUGUAGAUAGAAGUUUGGUUGGCUAAAUUUAAGUUGCCCCCACUUGUCCUUUUCGAGGAACCACCAUCAGCCUUAUUGCUGGGCUGGAUCACGUCUUGGUUAUGUGAAAAACGAGGCUCUAUCAUUGACACCACCUUUUAACUAGCCCGUUGGCUCGGAUUGUUAUGGCAUUCUCAGGGGUGUCAAAGCAAUGGGAGUUAUAUUUGAGCAGUUCGUGGAUCUAAUGCUGGCUACCCAAUGGCAGAGAUGGCAAAAGGUGGCUAAAUUAGUGACUUGAAAUGCUCAAAUAGCUCGACGGGCUGGGAGGCGCACCGGCGCUGACUCGCCACUUGCUGGUUUUCACACCUUUCCAGCGGCUUUAGGGACAAAUAAAAGACCUAAGUGCGUGGAGGCGAAAAGAUGGCCACAAUUAGGCCCAAGCUCCUCUGCGGCCACUCGGGCUCCAUGGGUUAUAAAACUCGGACCAGGCGAGCUCACAGCCCACGGGAAGUGCUGAGCAGAGGUUCGGAAAGAAUUAAAUAAAUAGUCUGAUGUGAAAAUGGAGUAAUGUGUCGCCAACUAGAAUAGAUAUCCGUUGCACGCCUGACGUUUUGAAAUGUAUAUGUUAAUAGAGUGACCAUAAAUUUAAAUUUUGGUCAUUUUAAAACGGUGCUGAUCACGGUGUUGGCCUGAUCGUUACAUAUUAUUACAUUUAUAUAUGUAUUCAUCCGCUUCUUCCACUUCUCCGGUCAAGUGAGUCUAAGCUAACCGAUUCCGUCAAAAGAAUUACACACAAAAAUGGUUUUUAACAAACACUUUCUGCCCAAGCAAGACUGACUACAAGAGUAAAAUGCAAAAUUACUAUAGACAGAGAUAAAUAAAUUGUAUUUUCCCUGUGGCAGCUGUGUUUGCAAAGUUGGUUAACAGUGCGUGUAAUGUUUGGCUUAGCUGUCAAAGAGUGUGCGAUGAGCUAAUCGUUUGUUGCUUGCAUGCCUUUUGCAAAUAUAAUAACAUGUAUUAUAUAAUAUACACCAAUCUGAGCGAAACGAAACUAUAUCUUGUGCAUUUUUACUGUUGAUCUGAGUGUGAGAGUUUGUCGACGCAAAUAAUGGUUGGUAUUGUGCGAGCCCCAAAAAAUCUUCAAGCACUGAGUAUAUUUUUAAUCUGAAAGGUUGAUUAUUUAACUAUUCAAUAAGUAAUUUUGCAUUGUAUGGUUAGUAUUAGGUUUAUGGACUGUUCUCGACGAGUUUUGGGUUUUAUAAACCCUGCAUCUGCACAAAACACAAUUGAACAUAAUAUAAACUAUUUGUAUGUUGGAAAAUGCUUGAAAAUAAUUCAAAAGAUUUAAAGAGGUUUAGAGCUUUAAGGAAAAAAAUUACUGAAAUGUACGUUGCUUGAUAUUUUAAAUAUAUUGUGCACAUGUUUGCGCGAAAACCAUAAGCAUUGUGCGACUAGACCAAAUUUAACCAGCUCGCAUUGUUAAGGCAUUCUCAAGAGUGUCAACGCAGUGGGAGGUAUUUGAGCAGUUCGGGGAUCUAAUACUGGCAGCCCAAUGUCAGAGAUGUUUAUCGACUCGAAAUGCUCAAGUAGCUCAACGGGUUGGAACUCGCCACUUGCUGGUUUGCGCACCUUUCCAGCGGCUUUAUGGACAAAUGUCUGGCGUUUCAACGAAAGACCUCGGUGCGGGGAGGCGAAAAGAUGGCCACAUUGGGCCCAAGCUCCUCUGCGGCCACUCGGGCCCCACGUUAACCGCUCGGCGGUGAGCUCACAGCCCAUGGGAUGUGCUGAGCAGAGGUUUAAAAAUUUUAAAGAUGUGUUCGCUAGGAAUUUAACAGUUAUUAUCUUGAUAGCUGUUUUAAAUGUGUGUCGUGACCUAUGUUUGACAAAAAUUUUCAUUCAGUUCUUUCAUCGCGAAUCAAAGCACUGAAAAUGCCUCAAAACAUCUGUCCGUUUUACAACCCUAGUUAUUUAGCUAAAUGUAAGAAACUAAAACUCAAAAACGUGUUUAUUUAUAAAAUUUAAUAUGUAAAAAUAAAACAAAGUUUAUAAAUCCACAAUAAAAA